CACACAGGAGGAGGGCACACAUUAUAAACUAAUGCCAAAUUACAUGCGCAUCUUUCUGAAUCUUUCUGAUACAGGACGUUUUUAAAAGUCACCUGACAGACAUUAAGACGCUGACGUAACCGGUGUGUUUCAGCUAUUUUCAGCAAAGCGAUGAGACACAAAACUCGACACAUCCCUCAGCAGACGGUCUGCCCGUGUUUAGCAGAAGUGCGUACGCUGUUUAAAAGCAGAACACGUCUUCAGUAGAGCUGCUCGCGGCUCGAGGCUCGUGACGGAGAUGUGAUCAUCAGUAGUGACGCUCGGACAGAUGCUCUCCGCGCUCGGCUGGUUCUGCUUCUCGGAGGUGUGAUGGCGAACGCGCUGUUCUCCGCAGCUGCGCACGUUUAACCGUUAAACCAGACAUGGUGCGCCGUCAGGGACCGGUUCUGCCGGUUCUGCUGGUUCUGCUGGUUCUCAGCGGCGGGAGUUCUGCUUUACCGGACCGGGCCAGCGCCGAUGCGCAACACGACACCACCGACAGUAAUAACACCAAUAAAUACACCAAUCAAGACUCUCUGGGAACCACCGAGCGCCUACCAAAGCUACAGGACAACAGCAGUGCUGUGAGACGGUGGCGCGUUCUGGGGGACCCCGGGCCCUUGUGCGCUUACCGCACUCUCGACGCAGGUGACCCCGGGCCUCUGUGCUUCCGCUACGCCCAAACCCACUUCAGGUGCGCUAGCGCUAGCUGUCGACAGGUGAGCUCACCUGGAGGGCAACUCACGGCGAAUAUUCUGUCCAACGGAAGUGUGUUCAUUCAGUGGACGGUCGCUCACGAGGCCCCGCCGAAGGGCCCCGCUCCACAUCAACCGGGCGGGUUCAGGCUUAGCUGCUGGUGGAACGGAAGCUACACGCAAUUCGAAUGCGCCGGCGUUCAUUUAGGCGCCGGCUGCAGGGAUUAUUUACUAAACGAGCUGCACACGAACGUGCCCUACCGGCUGUGCGUGCGGCCCUACGACCUCGAACGGGACGAAGCCUGCGUGGAGUUCAGCCUCGCGCCCGGCGGGAUGCAGGACAUCGUUAUCGCCAUGACGACGGUGGGCGGAGCCAUCUGCGUGAUGCUGGUCAUCAUCUGCCUGCUGGUGGCCUACAUCACCGAAAACAUCAUGAACCCGACGGCGCAGCACACGCUCGCGGCGCAGCACUCGCACAGAUCGCACUUACACACGCACCUGUGAAAACAUCGUUAUCGUUAUCGUUAUCGUUAUCGUCACGCAAACACACAUGCGCACUUUUCCUACAACCAAGUGCGGAAUCCACGUCAAACUGCACUUUCACGACACUAUUUACCGGCUGCGUUCGGAAUGGCGUACUUAGCUACUAGUUAACCGAAUACUGCGCGGUGUGCGCGGUCUACUACUUUAGAGAAAUAGCAAAGUAGGCACUGUUCUGAAAUGGUGGCGUGCUACUCAUCGUGUCGCAUGUGGGUGGCGUCCAGUUCUUAGAAAAGACUGUUUGCAUGUUUUAGCGCAAUUUAAAAUGUUGGCAGUCACACACGGAGUUGCGAAAGGGAUGCAGUAUUCCGCAGAAAUAGUAGGAAUAAUAUGACAAUUCCGAACAUAGCCAUCCCUUACGAAAAUUAACCAGGAUUUUAUUGUAGUAAAAGUGUACAGUAGUAACCAUGGUUUUUCUGGCGUAUUGAUUACCAUUUGUAUAACCACAGUUUUAACUAUGGUUAGCGUAACAAAACCAUGUGGUUACCAACGCUUCGCUUUUUUCCUGUGUUUAUGUGCAUUUUCAUCUAUAGUCUCGUUUAAUACUCCCUACAUUUACCAAAAAACUGUGCACUCGUUGACAUUUAGACUGAUAGCUAUAUUAAUAUUUGUUUCAGAAAUGCAAAAUAACGGCACAUGAUGGCUUUGCGUGAGGUGUUUUCAGGCUCAGUGAGUGUAGUAAGGAAGGAAAGCUGCUUUACUGUUAUCCGAGCCACGCUGUAGUUUUGUACUCUGUGUGUCAAACCCAAUAAUUUACAGUAUGCCUUAUCUUUACACGACUCGUCUCAUUCUGAGUUAGUAGUAUUCGCCAAAAUAAGGACCCACUGACUGGCGGAACAGUCUUUUGAAUACUCUGCUUUUUCCUCUGUUAUAUAAACCUUUUGUGUCAAUAAACGAGGGUGAAUUUAAUAAACAGGCUUGCUUUGUGUUUUGUUUAUUGGGUUUACUGUUUUUUGGCUUUUCAUUAAGUAUUUUGUUCAGGCUAAUGGAAAGAAAGCAUCCAGAAUACACCUUCAAGUGUUUCUUUCAUAGCACUGUAUCUAUUUCUGUCUGUAGAUUUCUAUUACAACACGUAUCUCCAAAGGCUGCUUUCCCA